GUUAGUACAUAUAUUUUAUAUAUAUGAGGAUAACCUACAAAAAUAAUAAUAAGCUGCAAAAGUGAGUGGAUUCUAAACAAGUAAAUUAUUUUUGAAUAAUUUAAUUGUUUAUUGAUAAAUUUGUCUUGAUAUAUAUUUGUUAGAAUUAUAGAUAUAUUUAUAUAUAUGUGUGUUAGCAUAUAUUUGAAUAUUAAUUAAUAACAAAUUAUUUAUUUCAAACAACAAAGUGCCCAUUUAGUUUCUUAACCUCGUGGUGAAUUCGAGGGGCUGAUUAUUUUUUUUUGAGGUACUGUGGGUUGAUAAUUUAUCUGAUGAAAAUAAAUAAAUAAAUAAAUAGAUUUAAAAUAAAAUGCAAUGGAGUCGCAAAGUUGUGAUCCUUAUGAGCAGCGUCUGCUUUCAGUCUACGAGAGUUGUUUAGAAAAAAAUGAGUCAUCUUUAACGGAAGAAGGCCUGCGUUGUCUGUGUGAUAAAUUACAACUUGAAGAACGUGGUAAUGAGUUAAUAUCAAAUUUACUGAACAAAACUGGAGAUGUCUGCUGCAAAAUAACAUUCCAAGAGUUCAGGGACGGGCUUUUAAAUCUCCUGGACAGUACGCAGAAUCUCGGGGGUAAUAUCGAUGAUGAUGAGGAAGUCGAAGACAAAGUUAUUGAGACUUCGAUAAUAAAACAGUACAGCCGCAUAAGUAGUCCGUAUAUGAGUCAGUUGGCGAUCAGCAGCUACGGGGAUUUGAAUGUCGUGUUGAAGAAUAAUUCGGUUAUCAUCAGCGAUGGGUCUGUGAAGAGAAUGCUGGAGCAGCUGUUCCAGAAGCUAGAUACUGAUGAAGACGGACUGAUAACUUUCAACGAAUUUCUUAUGCUCUUUCAGAAUAACGGUAAUAAUUUGGAGGACACGUCAUUGGGUACUGAGUGGAGCGAUAACCAUUCCGAGGAUGGAUGCAAGAGAAGUUUUACCAUGAUGGGGCCUGACCAUACCGGUUUUAUUGAACGGAGGAGUGUAAUUAAUUUAUGGCAGUUGGCGGGAGUAAGUGAUGCAAUUGUCCUGCUCAAUGAAUUGUCAAUAACUGAUGGUGCGAAUAUUAAUUUAUCUGAAUUAAUAAGUGUCCUGACACAAGAGCUCCAGAGUUUGGCUCAUGAACCAAAAGAUUCGGAGAUAACAAACACUCAUUUGGAUAUUUUACGAGCGACAUUAAUUUUGUAUCAAGAGGAAGUUAGAUCGAUAAAUGUUCUGAUUGAUCAGUUGACACGCGAGCGCGAUAAAUUGAAGAUCGACGUCGCGGAAGCUAAUGAGCGCGCGAAUAUACUCGCUCAGGAGAUUGAUGAGAAUCACGCGAAGAUUGAAAAAUCUAAGAAUGAUCAAAUAAAAUUAAUUGAAGUCCGGCAUUCUGAGGUGAUGAAAGAUUUUAGUUUGCAGCAAGCAAGCGAACGGGAGGCACACAUGGCGACGCUGAAAUCACUCAAUGCGCAGCUACAAGCGUGUCAACAAGAAGAACAAUUGCUGAGAGGUAAAUUAGCGGACGCGCUUCAUGACAAUCAAACUCUAGAGGUUGAUAAUCAAAAUUUGACAGAUCAAAUAAAUAAAUUAAAAAUAUCAAACAAUCAGUUACUGAUUCAGGUACAGGCGCUCGCUGCCGAGUGCGACGAAGCCGAGCACUGCGACGAGCGUGAAAACGAACAAGUUAUUUCGCUGGUUGAUCGGAUUAAAAAACUACAAAGUGAGUCCUCGUUGCUGCGCGAUCAGAAUGACGAGCUCACGUCCGAGAUUGAGUUAUUGAAGUCGCGAUUGACUUGCGAUAAAAUAAAUAAAUAUUCCAUGACUUUGAAUAACAGCUUUGCUGAUUCAACUAGCGAUGAGUCGAACAGUGUCACUGAUUAUGAGCCACUCGGCAAACAAGUUCCUGAGUUUAAAAUAAUCAAGGAGACUGAUAAUUAUGAUAACGAUCGUAGAAUUAUGAUGACAUCAAAUUUACCAAACGCCAUUGCUUCGAUAAUAAAUGAUUUGAAAAGUCUACCGAUUGAUUGUUCAUUGAAACGCAACAUCUCGGAAUUCAUAAGUGAGUUGGAGUCACAUUUAGAUAAAUCAAAGGUAUCUGACGAUGGUGAUAAGAAUGAUUUUGAGUCCGAGAUAAUAAAAGCUGAUGGAGAUAAUGAAGAAUGUAAAGAACGUACGAGUUCACUUAGAGAUUUUGUUGUUAAUAAAAAUAACAAACGUAUUAUGUCGCAAAGUGAUGAAUUUAUUAGUAGUAAUAUUGAUAAUAAUAAUUAUAAUAUUUGUGGUAGCAGUAGUAGUAAUAAUAUUAGCAAAAGUAAAACGUCAUUACGUGAUUAUCCACCGAGGAAAGAAUCCUGGGAUGCUAAAAUAGAUAGACGUGAUUCGGUGUUGAGCAUUGAUGUUACCGAUGGUAACAAUGAUCUAGAUAAUUUGCGUAAGGAUCGUGAUAGACUGAGUUGUUUAUUGCAGGAGCAAGAGGUAAAGCAUAAUAAUGAGAAGAAAAUUUUGCAGGAGCAGUGUAAGAAACUUGAGACUGAUUUAGAAUUAUUGAGAAAUGAGUAUUAUCAGUGCGAAGAUUACUGGGAAAAUAAAUUGGAAGAGGAGAGACUGAUUGUGGAACAAGAGCAGAAGAUAACAGAUGAUAAGCUUACGGAAUUGAUCAACAAAAUAGCUGAGUACGAGGAACAGUUUAGCGGCGGUGAUAAGAAAAAUGACGGGAGACUGUCCCCGAUUGAUGAGAAGUUCAAUUUGGAGCAGUCGUACACCGAUCUGGAGGACGAGUUUGAGGAAUUCAGGAGGCGGAUGCAAGAAACGUUGGAGGAGAGAGAGAAUGAGCUGAUGAUUAUGCAGGAAAAAUUGAAGGCAUUUGAAAAAGAUUCCAUUGACGCUGGGGUCCAGGUUCCUGAUGACGACAAGUCUGGCAAGAAAGUAUUCAGUGCUGUAGGUUUUAAUUACGUGCUUCCAAAUGAUGCUGUUGUUAAUUUGUCCCACUUUGGACACAAUUCAAAGUCAUUUGAACGGGGAAAGCUCAACAAGAUAACGGAGCAUGUGCCUGAUGUUCAGAUUAAAGUGAAGUCGGAGUGCUACUGUCAGCAGGUGGAUCCGUCGUCGACUGACGAGUUCUCGCGGCUACAGAAGACCGAGUUGCAGCGGAUGCUUCAAAAGAAAACUCAGAGUGCGCAUAUCAAGUGCACGUCGUUGAUAAAGCAGAAGGACUGUCUCGUAAAAGAGAUAAUGGAGCUGCAGAACUUCCGGAACAGUCGUUUGUAUCAAAGUGACGGUCAGAGCAGCAAAGUCGACAUAAAUUUUAUCCAGAGUCUUAUGACCAAGGUUCACUUACUGGAUGGAAAGAAGAAGCAGUUGCAGAUCAGUUUGAAACACCAAAAGCAGUGCACUGAUAAAAUGAUUGAGUGCAUUUGGAAGCAGCAUUACAGCGAGCGGUCUAGUCUCGAGCACGUUUUAAAAGAAACCCAGACUUCGCUCAAACAGUAUUUGGCGGUAAACAAAAUUCAAAUGCAAAAACUUGCAAAGUCGGAUAUGCUUAUCAAGGAUUUGUAUGUCGAGAAUACUCAUCUUAAAGCAAAAGUCGAUCGUCUUAGCGAACGGUGCAUCGUUUUGGAAAAUUGCGAAGCUAAGUCGACCUCAGUAUGACCUUACGUCUACUUUAUCGCUGCCUUGGUGUGUACACUCUAGCAUUUAUUUAACAUUCCUGCUGUUUUGCACUCGAGGAUCAUAUAGAUUUUUUUUUAUAUAUUUUUUUAGUACCCUCAUUAUUUAUAAAUUACAAUUAAAUUUAUUUUUUCAUAGUAUUAAUAUUAUAGAUAAAUAUUAAUUUCUCUCUGUCCGGUUGGUUGUCACAACCGUAUUGUUAAUUAACUUGGAGUUGUAAUUUCAAAUAUUAAGGGUAAUCCCAGAAUGUGCCCGCCACUUUUUUUAAAAAACUAAACAACAGAUUUUUAUUUUGUCGGGUUUUAAAAAAAUUUAACUGUUGAUUAACAGGAAAAAAAUCUGAUUUUGCUAUCAGAUAAAUUAAUUUACACUGCGAUUUUUUGUUAAUUGAAAUUUUUUUAAAAUCUAACAGAAAAAUAGUAAUGACUUUUCACGAUUAAUUUUUUAAAAUGGGGGCCAUCUGUUCUUGCGUAAUUACGCGCAUACUUUUCCAAAUAAAAAAUAUUCUUUUGAAUAUUAUCACUGAUCAAAAAAAAUUUAAAAGAAUAUUUUUUGUAAAAAAAAAUAAAGUUAACAACUGGGUAAUUAAAAUAAUUAUAAAAAUUGUUAAUUAAUAAUUAAAUUUAUACUGCUGCCAUAUGGAAUUUUUUUUAGUACUAUGGCUAUUUAAUAAUAAAUAAUCUCACGCCUUGUUAAUAAAAAAUAAUAAUAAUACAGUUAAUAAUCGGUGCUGUUUAAAUUAAUUUUUAAUAAAAAAAACAAA